UUCAAGGCACGGCGGAGCCAACAUGUCCCCGGAGUCCAAAAAGCUUUACAACAUCAUUAUCCUAGGCGUUGCCUUCAUGUUCAUUUUCACCGCUUUCCAAACAUGCGGGAACGUGGAGCAAACUGUCAUCAGGAGCUUAAAUAGCACCGAUUUUCACGGCAGUGGAUACACCAGCAUGGCCAUCAUCUACGGCGUCUUCUCCGCCUCCAAUCUCAUCACCCCAUCCGUGGUGACCGUCGUGGGCCCGCAGCUCUCCAUGUUUGCCAGCGGCUUGUUUUACAGCAUGUACAUUGCCGUUUUUAUCCAGCCUUUCCCAUGGUCCUUCUACACGGCGUCAGUUUUCAUCGGAGUCGCUGCUGCUGUGCUCUGGACAGCACAAGGGAACUGCCUGACCAUCAACUCGGACGAGCUGACCAUUGGGAGGAACAGCGGGAUUUUCUGGGCACUCUUACAGUCGAGCUUGUUCUUCGGAAAUCUCUACAUAUACUUUGCUUGGCAAGGGAAAACCCACAUAUCAGAGAGUGACCGAAGAACAGUCUUCAUUGCCCUGACAGUCAUCAGCCUGGUGGGGACAGUCCUGUUCUUCCUCAUCCGGAAGCCGGAGCCGGCAAGUAUCCUGGGAGAAGAUGAGUCUAACGAUGACCAGGACAUGGAAGGCCCCGAGUCCCCACAGAGCAACCUGGCGAAGGCGCUCGACGCGUUCAAAAAGUCUCUGAAGUUAUGUGUCACCAAAGAGAUGCUGCUUCUCAGCGUCACCACCGCAUACACAGGUCUGGAGCUGACUUUCUUCUCCGGCGUCUACGGAACCUGCAUUGGUGCUGUCAACCAGUUUGGGGCCGAAGAGAAAAGCCUCAUCGGGCUUUCUGGAAUUUUCAUCGGCAUUGGGGAAAUUUUAGGUGGCAGUCUCUUCGGCCUGCUGAGCAAGAACAGCCGCUUUGGAAGGAACCCCGUCGUGCUCCUGGGUGUCCUGGUGCACUUUGUGGCUUUUUAUCUAAUAUUUCUCAACCUGCCCGGGGACGCCCCCCUGGCCCCCGUGGAAGGGACCAACAACAGCGCUUACAUCACGCCCAGCAAAGAAGUGGCCAUCUUCUGCAGCUUCCUGCUGGGCCUGGGAGAUAGCUGUUUCAACACGCAGCUGCUCAGCAUUUUGGGGUUCCUCUACUCUGAGGACAGUGCCCCUGCCUUCGCCGUCUUCAAGUUUGUCCAGUCCAUCUGCGCAGCCCUGGCGUUUUUCUACAGCAACUACCUUCUCCUUCACUGGCAACUCCUGAUCAUGGUGGUCUUCGGGUUCCUGGGAACCAUCUCCUUCUUCGCCGUGGAGUGGGAAGCUGCCGCCAUCGUGGCGCGGGGCUCAGACUACAGGAGCAUCUGAUUCUGGGUGCAUCGGGAGAGCCUGUCUCAAGGGAGCACAGCGGGUGAUGAAGGGUGAGGCAGAACCCGCCCCUCACACCAUCCAACCGUCUGACCGACCCGCUCUGUCGGCCUUCCCCGGCACCACUGUGAAGCAGAGACAGUGAGGGGAGCCUGCCCUGCCCCGGGCUUGCACGUGUGCAGUUCACUGUCUCGCUCUUUCCAGUCAUGGUCCUGAAUGUCAUCGCUUGCUUCUUCCCGUCCUCACGGGUUCCCUCAUGGGGCCGGAAGCCAGUAAGGUCCCGCCCGAAUGGAGCAGGCGUUGCCCUAGAGUGGGGUGCAGAGGACACCCCGCCACGACUCCUCGAAUGUUUAAAUAAAUCAUGAGAUGCCGCACUGGUUUCUUCUUCA